AUGUGUUUUAUUAGAUUUUUUUUUCCACGUAUUCAAAUUUUUAAAAUAUUAUGUUUUUGUUUCUGUUGGAAAUAUUUUAUUGGUUAUCUAGUAGAAGGUCCAGCACAUGAUUUAUUAAAUAAAAGAAGAAAAAAAAAAUAUGAGAGAGAAAAAAAUAUUAAAAAAGAUUUAGAUGAAACUUCACCAAGUAAUAUAAUAAAUAAUUGGUGUGUUAUAUGUAAAUCAACAAAUACAUGGAGAAUAAUAUUGAGAACAUGUAAACAUCCAUUAUGUAUUUUAUGUGCAUUACAUUAUAUUAGUUAUUGGAUACAAGAACGAUCCCGUUCUACAAUACGAUGUCCAAAAAGAUUAUGUUGUAGUGAUAUACAUCCAAAUGAUAUUUAUGCAUUAUUAGAUGAGGAUAAUAGUGAUUUAGACAUGUUUAUGAAUAAAUUUAAUAGACAAUGGUUAUUAUAUAAAUAUGAACGUGAUAAUUAUUUUAAUGGUCUUGGAGGUGAUGGUAAUAUUCUCCAAUGUCCAAUAUGUUUAAAUGCUUAUCAAAAAUUGCCUGGUUGUAAGUAUGUUCAAUGUGUAUUUCCAUCUUGUGAGACAUGGUUUUGUUUUGAAUGUGGUUUACCUAUUGAUUCUCUUCAACAUUUUACUCAGCAUGCAUGUACUGUAGGUUGGGGUGACAUCAUUUAUCACGUUAAACCAUUGGCAACAAUUUUAUCCUUAUGGGGCUGUGAAUUAGUUAUAAUAUCCCCUGUUGUAGUUUUUUUUCUUAUUGUUCUUUUUCCAUUGGGAACAUUUUUCUUAAUACCAAAAACUAUAAUACAGGAAAUGCGUAAAGGAAAAAAAAAAUUUGAUGGGGUCAGAGAUGUUCAUUUAUGGAUUUUUGUCUUAAAAUUAUCUUUUUACAUACCAUUAUUGUUGAUUUUAUGUUUAUUUCUUACAAUUGGAACUUUUGGGACAAGUUUUAUUCUUGUUAUUAUGUUUUAUAUGCUUUCAUUUAUCAAAAUGAUUCCACCAGUUUCAAAUGCAAUCAUAUUAUUGGAUAAAUUUUCAAAAAUUUUAGCACUUUUAGGUAUUGAUAUUUGUUGUCAGUUAAUUCAAGCAGCCAAACAAGAUAGAAUCUUAAAUAUAGUAGAAGAAGAUUUAAGAUUUACACAAGUAAAUCCAGUGUAA